GCUCUGCUUCGCCGACUACGGCGUCGAGGCCCUGGGCGAGCAGGCGCUGCGUCGCCGUCGCCUGCUGCUGCUGCUGGGCGCGGGGGGCCCGCUGCUCUACGGUCUCUACUGCCUGGGCAGCUACCUGGGCGUCCAGGUGCUGCUGGCGCACGCGGGCGCGCUCAUCUGCCGCGGCCUCGACUACUUCAGCAGCCUGUGGAUCUGGACGCUGGUGGUUGGCUAUGUGCUGAUGGUUUCAUUCAAGUGGAAUGCAAACACUGAACGCUACUUGAGAGCAGUUGCGAUUCCUGUCUGGAUGAUACUGCUUUUUCAUAUAGCAUCACUGGCUGGCUCAUGGAGAAUCCCAGUAUUCCUGGUUAUUGUCUUCCUGAUGUCUGUGGGCACCCUUUAUGAAAAACAGAAUGGGAAGGAGUCUGCUGGGGCAGAAUUACCAGGACAGGUGAUCUCCAUGGCAGCGUCUACCCUUGCAAACUUGGCCAUCUCCAUCACAGGGUACGAGUCAGGCGGUGAAGACCAGCCCUCCACUCAGCCCGCAGAACCCACGGACAGGGGAGAGCCUCCCCCAGCAUUGUCUGCUUCUUCAUCCUCCUCCUCCCGUUCCUCACCCUCUUCUCCUUCACCUACUUUGGGCAGACAGAGACCUGAGAUGGGGACAUUUCUCAGGAAGAAGAAAACGAGUGACAUUUACUUUGUGUCUCUUGUGUGGGCCAUCAUUGCUGUCCAGCUCUGGCUGAAUCUGUGGAUCGUGCAGCUGCUGCCGGUACCUAUUGCAGUCUGGAUAAUUAAAAAGUUGGUGAUUCACUUCGGAGUGGUGGGCUUCCUGGAGAAACGCUGCCGCGUGUGGUGGCAGGUUGUCGAGUGCUUCCUGAAGGAGCGGCAGCAGGCGUUAGCACCAUGGCCAAUUAUCGGGCUUGGAAAGUUCUUACUAAAAGUUGAUAGCAAGCUCUGGCACUGGCUAAAUAAGAAGAUGAUCAUCUGGUUGGAGAAGAUGUUAGAUAAAAUUAUUAGCAUUUUCAUCAUAUUCUUGCUAGUAAUAGGAACCCUUCUUUUAGCCCUUCUCCUGACUGCAAAGGUACAUCAAGAAAGUGUACAUAUGAUUGAAGUCACAAGCAGUCUGAUUAAUGAAACUCUAGCAAAUCACCCAGAGUGGGCAAAUUGGCUUCCUGAAGCUCAGGUGGUCCAAAGAGCCCUUAAUUCUGCAGCUAACAAUGUAUAUCAGUAUGGACGGGAAUGGAUAACCCACAAGCUUCACAAAAUUCUAGGAGAUAAGGUGAACAAUACAGCUGUGAUUGAGAAGCAGGUCCUAGAGCUGUGGGAUAGACUGUAUCACUCUUGGUUUGUGAAGAACGUGACGCACUCUGGAAGGCACAAAGGGCACAAGAUGCAUGUUAAUCGUCAGAACAGCUGGCUGGGAGAUAUUCUGGACUGGCAAGACAUUGCCUCCUUCGUUCAUGAGAACAUUGAAACAUUUCUUUCGAUAUUAUCUUUUGGCUUCCAAAUAUGGAAGAUGAAGAUCUUGGAGUCCCUGUGGAUUGUCAUGAGCCGGAAUGUGAGCCUGCUGUUUACCACGGUUACCACGCUGCUGACCAUCCUCUUCUACAGUGGCACUGCCCUUCUCAACUUCGUGCUGUCCCUGAUAAUUUUCCUGACCACACUGUUUUAUCUGUUAAGUUCCAGUGAUGAGUACUACAAGCCAGUGAAGUGGGUGAUAAGCCUGACACCACUGUCUCAGCCAGGCCCUUCUUCUAAUAUUAUUGGCCAGUCUGUGGAAGAAGCCAUCAGAGGGGUAUUCGAUGCUUCCCUCAAAAUGGCUGGCUUCUAUGGAUUGUACACCUGGCUGACCCACACCAUAUUUGGCAUCAAUAUUGUCUUCAUACCAUCAGCCUUGGCAGCAAUCCUUGGAGCAGUGCCAUUCCUGGGGACAUACUGGGCCGCAGUACCUGCAGUGCUAGACUUGUGGCUGACACAAGGGCUAGGGUGUAAGGCCAUCUUGCUCUUGGUCUUCCAUCUCUUGCCGACAUACUUCGUAGACACUGCGAUCUAUUCUGACAUAUCAGGAGGAGGCCAUCCUUACCUGACUGGCUUAGCAGUGGCUGGCGGAGCAUACUACCUGGGCCUGGAAGGAGCGAUCAUUGGACCCAUACUGCUCUGCAUACUUGUGGUUGCUUCCAAUAUCUACAGUGCCAUGCUAGUGAGUCCUACGAAUUCAGUGCCCACACCAAAUCAGACACCUUGGCCUGCUCAGACUCAGAGGCCUUUCCGUGACAUCUCUGAAGAUCUGAAAUCUUGAGUAGAUUGACAUGGCUUUGCUGCGUGACUUCUCUGGGGAGGUCCGCCUCGACAGUGAAUUCUCCCACUUGUGGCCUCUGUUCUAUCAGCUGUGUCUGGCAGGCAGGGGCACCCAGAAAAGAAGCAGAAGCCUCCCAGCCUUACACACAGAACACAAAGUGAGAGUGGACUUGCUCUAGGCUGCUUUGCAUUUUAAACACAGCUUGAGUUGAAAGCUCUGUUUGCUCACAACUCAUGCUAAGAUGGCUUGAAAAGUUUCAGUUCAUGCACUGGUACCAAGGCUUGAAGCUGCCCUCUCGAUUGUCUACUGCAGUGCGCACUUAUAAAGUCACCUUAAGGGUUCUGAAGUACCUGCUGUUAAAAGUAUAUUCACUAUAGUUUUCCUCCUGUGUUAGGAGCGCUUAGCCCCUUUUCAGUGACGAGGCUUUUACUUUUUUGAAUGGCUUAGUAAGCAGGGAAAGUGUGUCUGAUACCCUUUUAGAAUAACAUCAUCCCCUCCUUGGAGAAGAAAGAAGUCUUCGGGGUAAAGCUGGGGUGUGUGUGCUGUGACCAGAAGAGAAGCAGUAAGAGUGGGGCUCUUCCUCCCCUCUUCCCCUUUGCCCCUCCUUUCAGUAUUGCCAAAUUUCUACAACGUUCCCGACCACAUUGGAUCUGGAGCUGCCAUGAAUGAAUACUAACGAUGUGGUGGACUCCCUGCUGUCAGCUUUCUUCUAACUGCUUCACAAGCAGAGAUGCUCGGGUGGAGUGGUCCUCUGGUUUGUUAUGUGUGCCCCCAGUUCUUGACCUGGAACUCCAUCAGUAAGUUACUUAGCAGCAGAAUUUUAUGUUUACGGUCACUUAGCUCAGUGCCUUGCAGAUGUGACUCUGGAUGAAUGCUUGCUGAGUUGGACUGUAACUUUCUACCUAUCUCAGAUAUGACAUAACCAGCAUAGUACUUUCCUUUUGCAGCCCUUGUGCAUAGAACUUCACAUGCAUUUCCCAUCAUCUCACUCAGCUUUGCAUUCAGCAGUGUCACACUGGAGGGGGUGCUAAGCUUCAGGACAGUGGCCAAUAUAGAGCCACCAAGUGUUAUAGGACUUGGUCUCCCGUCUUCUGACUUCACAUCUGCAAACUCUGUCACAAAGCUUUCUUAGGACUUUAGCAGUUUCCCAGUCCUGUGACCCAGGUGUUGCCCUUCAUUCCUUACAAGUGAAAGAAAGCUUGUCCUGUUUCAUGACAUGGCCAGGAGAGCCAGCUCCUAGUGCGGUGCCCUUCCUAGCUCUUAAGCCACCAGCCCUGCCCCGUGCCCUGCCCAUGCCCCGAAAGAAUAGGGAGCAAAAGGGAUUUGUGCUUAAGAUUUUUUUUUUAAAGCAUUUAAGACUAAAAUUUUUUUUUUCUAAAACAUCUAAGUUUAUAACUUUAUUUAUGUCACAAAUAAUACACCCCACAUACUACAGUGUCCUGACUUGGCCAUGAAUAGCAUAGCACAUGCAGGUCUCCUGGUUGUAUCGUGAAUCCUUUAAUAUUUAUGACCUGUUAUUCCAUUACCUGUUAGAUUUGACCACUAAAUGACUUACUCUUCUUUAAUCAGUUGCUCAUUUGCUCAUUAACACGUUUCUUGAGUGUUAGUAAAGUCUAGGCUCUGCCAGGGACUGUGCAGGGUGUUCUGGGAGAUAGAUCCUGAAGCAGCUGUCCUCACCUUCAGUGCCAGACAGAUCAUGCAUCAUUCUCAAUCUGAAAUUCUUGUAUUAAAAUGGCUGAAGAGAGAAACCAAGUUUCUGUUUGUUUAGUAUAACUUGAUAAGUUUAUAGCUAUAAUUAGCACAUACUCACAGAAGGCAAAUAAACACAGUGGUUUGUGUGCAUAUACAAAUUACGUUGCUCCAGUGUGCUUUUAAGUCAUGUAAGAGCAAAAUUGCGAAAACCUAAGUUUGAGCUAAUUUAUAGCUGUUGGUAGGGUAAUUCUCAAUCUGUGUGAAGUUGUUUGAGGGAAAUUCUGAGCUUCCUAGAUUAGCAGCAGUAGCCUAAGCCCGCACUGGAAUUUUAGGGGUAGAGGUCCCUGUAGUGGCACACCGUCCUAAUCAGGACACUCAAACUCUCCAUUGCUACAGUGAAUUCAGGAAGGCCACCAGUUGGGGAGGUUGGAACUAGAAAAGCGCCCUGGCCUGUGUUACGCACAGGGAAGAGGUUUUACAGAAUUUUUGUAGGAUAGAUAGAGAGCAGGUAGCAUGACAAGGUGGGAGUUUUUAGCUUAAGUCUCUAACCUGCCCUGAAGAGUUUGCAUGGGAAUUUGUUCUGGGAAGAUGUUCCUCUAGGAACAGAGAGGGUAUCUAUGCCUGGCAUUUUGUGUGUGUGUGUGUGUGUUUGUGUAUAGAAUGCAGUGUGUCUAUUUAUGUGUGUGUGCUUAUAGAAUGCAUCCAUGAGGCAAAAGUAGCUUCAGUGAAACCGAGGACAGAACUCCGUCAUAGCAUCCUGGAUUCUACAGAUAUAGUAAGGGCUAGUUUCAAGUUCCUAUUCUCUGACAGUUUUAAAGUGAGUGGGUACAAAAGGGAGCUGAGAAGCUGUGUGCACCCAUCUGCUCCUGAUUGUGAGAGAACAGGUGCAGGGCUGGAAGCAUAGAUUGCAUAUGAUAUACCUCCUGCCUGAAUCCCACAGUCUUAUUUUUAUGUGAUCUAUGGGCUUCUUUGGCUGCCAGUGUUAGGUAGUAAAACGGUGAGUCUCUAACCCAUAUUCCCCAAGAGCUGGCUGCUGUCCUUUGGGCUCUGAGAUGAGUCUGGGUUGGCUCUUGACUGUGGAAAGGUGCCCAAGAUGUGCUGUGUGGAGACCCUGUGUCCAGACUCUGGCUCAACUGCUUAGACCAGUGUACAGGCGGAAAAGGACUUGCAGGGCUGCUCUUCUGGCUAACCUCACCAUGCUUUUUCAGGACUUCUGCAUUUCUCUACUUCCCACUUUGCUUAGAUGCCUGUUUCAGAAGUAUGGCUAGAAAUGCUGGGAACGCAAGGCUGAUCAGGCUUAGACUAGAAUACAGUCAUGUAGGUGACUAUCUAGAGAUCUUAACCUAGUUUGUGAGGAAUACCUUCAGGACUUCCCAUACUUCGGUCCUGACCUUCCAGUAUGUUCUGAGGGUCUCCCACAGCCUUUCCAAGAGUAUCACAGUGUGACUUUGAGGGCCCUCUUCACAGUGAAAAUUGUUUAUGGCAGCAUACUUCCAAAUUCUAGUUCCUGCAGAGAACAACUACUAUUUAUUUUCUAUUUAUUUAUUUAUUUUUAUCAGUUUCUUGUCUGCUAAUUUUGCCACCAAAUGUGUUCGUUUCAUUAACUCACUAAGGUUUGGGAAAACACCUAUCUGAAGCCAUUGAGUAGCUUUCUUGACAACUUAAAACCACAUAAGAGAAUUGUAGGUGAGGAUCCUUGGCAGCCGCAGAAGUGUGGUACUUGAAUGGGCUGUUGUAAUGAGAUGAUGAGGUCGUUUUAGAGAAGGAAACAGGUUUGUGGGUAAGUGAGUUAUGGCACAGAGCCAGGUAGCAAUGGAAUUCAGAGUGGAGUGCAGAUGUGCUUGCUCUCAGCUCACCUUCUGCUUCUCUUCCCUUUUCCUCAUAGCUCAACCACUUUUGUCAAAGAAAGAAGUUCUGUAUAGCAGUCAUUUACAGAAUGACUAGAGUUGUAAGAGAAAAAUUGCUGGGAGAGGGGAGAUUCCACAGGCAAUUAAAAUUCAGCAAUGCUAAGUUACUUCCUCUCCCUGGGAUGUCUGAGUUAGGUAUGCCAUGGCACAUUGAGAACUCAGGAGGGACAGACUGUCACUGUCUGUCGUGCUCCUGUCCCCCACCUUCCUCUGAGCAUCUCAGAAGACCAAGGUUCCUUUGAUCAAGUUUGCAGGUCUUGUAGAAGACGACUACGAGUGAGAAUACUGGCAGUGCCCGUGUUACCGUGGUGCCAGGGGAAGGCCACAAGUCCUAGCAGUCUGGUGAGACACCAGAGAGAAGGCACAUUGCUGCCCAGAGCUGUACUAGCAGGGAGGAUGUUCUUUCCCACCUGAGGCACACAAAAUCAUUAUCCAAGGUAUCCAAGAAUCAUUCAGUGUGCAGAUACACUGGUGAUGCUGUUGCUGCAUCUUAGCAAUGCUUUUGUAUGGCACUUUAUAAUUUUCCGGCACCUUUGGGUUCAGCCCUGUGAGCCAGACAGUAUUACAGUCAUUGUACAGAUGAGGCACUGGAAACUCUUGAGAAGUUUGUUGUUGACUCCUUCUCUUCUCCCUUCUCCUCCCCCUUCUCUUCCCCUCCUCUUCCUUAAGUUUAGAUCACAAAAGGAUGGAGUCAGGAUUUGGUUAUAGAGUCUCUGACUCCAAGUCCAAAGUUCUUUCUCUGGUCUUUCCUUCUAGCUUUAUACAAUGAAAGGUAUGGAAACAGAUCCAACCGUGAUUUUGUUUAUUGUGAAAUAUAAAUGCUUUGGUUAUUGGAGUGACCCAGAAGUAACUCUUGCUGUAGCUGUCCUAGAGAAAACCCUUCUUUGUCCUUGGCAGUGUUACUUGUUCAGGUACUUGGAUUGUACUUCAAAUACUGUUUGAUUGUGAAACUAAGAUUAAACAUAUCGUAAUUAUUUAACUCUGAAAAUGUAUCGCCUCUGCAUUCUCAGGUGAAGGAGAGAAAUGGUUUGACAGGAAAAAUAGCAUUCAAAUGCAGCAGUAAAUAUCCUUUAUUACACAAACACUGUUUCUUAGCUUUAAUUUGCUUUCACAAGUUACUGAUGUAACAUCUUUGUAAAAUGUAAAAUAUUUAUAUUUUGAAAUAAAGUCACAAAUGUUGGAUGAAA